AUCUAAACAAAAAAUAUCAGCAGUUCGAGUGAUUAUGGUGAUAAUUUUAUAAUGUAGAUGUGGAAGCGAUUCGUUCAUUAGUAAUUUUCUCCUAAAAAUAUUGACAAAAGGAGGCAAUUUUUGCAUUUAUUAGUUCGUAGCUCCUUUAUCAACGAUGGGUGGUUUGUUAAGUUAUUUCAAGAGUUUCCUAGGAGGUCGUGAACUUCGUAUUUUAAUACUGGGCUUGGAUGGUGCCGGAAAAACUACAAUACUGUACAGAUUACAAGUUGGUGAAAUUGUAACGACGAUUCCAACCAUCGGCUUCAACGUGGAACAAGUGACAUACAAAAACUUGAAGUUUCAAGUUUGGGAUUUAGGUGGACAGACUAGUAUAAGACCGUAUUGGAGAUGUUACUAUUCGAACACAGAUGCUAUCAUAUACGUCGUCGAUUCCGCUGAUAAAGAUAGAAUUGGAAUUUCUAAAGACGAGCUUUUUCAUAUGUUAACGGAGGAAGAAUUAGAAAAUGCUAUUUUACUUGUGCUAGCGAACAAACAAGACAUCGACGGUUGUAUGAGCUUAUCUGAAGUACAUCAAUCAUUAGGAUUGGAUACGUUAAGAAACAGGACGUUUCAAAUAUUCAAAACAUCAGCUAAAAAAGGAGAAGGUCUCGACGAAGCGAUGGAUUGGCUGUCGAAUACCCUACAAAGUCGAAAAUAAUCUUUACCAAUUAUUUUCAAGGAUUCCUGUUGUAGUUUCUUUACGAUAUUGCAUUCGUGUCAGUGAAUAUUUGAAAACUCGCGAAAUGUUCGUUUCAGUAGAUGAUAACAUAUCAGAAAAUAGCUCAUACCACGCAUAAUAAACGGGAAAAAAUAUUUCAAUAAGCGUACAAAUCAUCGCUACCUACAAGUUUUAUAUAACUACGUAAAUUUCGCACUGUUGCAAGAAAUGAGUACUACUUUUAUAGCAUUUGUAUUUUGUAAUUAUGUUUCAAGCCUUAGAAUAAGUUGUGUAAAUAAUGUGAAAAAUGUUUUGUACAAAAAUAUUUCGUUUGUAAUUUUAUUUAGAUGAAUGUGGUAAUGUACGUUCAAAUAUGUUAUGUACUUUUUGGUACCUAAUGAAAUAUUUUAUAUUGAGAUUCCUAGUCUAAUGGCGAAUCACCGAUGUAUUGUUUCGAUAAUAAAUCAAUAUUUUGUUGACGAUUGACUGAUCGUAGAAAUAAUAGGACUCAUUGAUUGGGGUGCUCGAGGUUAUCAAACAAUUUAUUAUAAAUAUCUGCAAUAAAGAAUUUUAUUUUUCGUUUUUCA